AUGCCCAACCAUCUCCACCAAGCCAGCAAAAUCGACGCUCUCGGAAAAGCCCACCUGCUAACCCCCAACCCGAAACUCGACGCCGCCCUCUCGAACUCCAAAUCCAACAGCCUCCCCGAUAUAACCAUCACGCCCCUCCAAGGCCAAUACCUCGCCAUCCAAUGCAAGCUCCAGCGCGCCAAGACCGUCCUCGAGAUCGGGACCUUGGGCGGCUACUCGACGAUCUGGUUCGCGAGCACCGGCGCUCACGUAACGUCUAUUGAGAUUAAUCCCAAGCAUCGCGACGUUGCGGUCGAGAAUACGAAGGGGCUGGACGUGGAGAUUGUCUUGGGGGCGGCGCUGGAUGUGUUGCCGAAGUUACAUGCGGAGGGGAAGAAGUUUGAUUUUGUGUUUAUUGAUGCGGCGUGGGAGGAGCAAUUUAGCUAUUUUGAGUGGGCGACGAAACUUGCGAGGGUGGGUGGCGCGAUUUAUGUCGAUAAUGUGGUGAGGGAGUUGUUGGAGGAGGAGGAGUUGGGGGCGGAGGGGAGUUUGGUGAGUAAGGUGGGGAAGAUGAGGGGGGUGCAGGCGAGUUUGAUUACGACUUGUAGUAGUCAUAAGGGGGUGGAGGAGGAGAUGAUGGAUGGCUUCAUGUUGGCGAUUGUUGAGGGUGAGAAUUGA